GCGUCGUACAGUCGCCGCCACUUAGCUGUCCUUUGACCCACGGGACAUUCCUGUCGCUGCCGCAUACCUCGACCGCUUACGUACAUCUGGUCAUUGUGAACACAUUACGCUCCCCCACAAUGUCUGACGACAAGAAAAGCGACGACUACAGAGUCGACAUGCCUUCGGGCAAGGAGUUCCGCGCGCCCUCGCCGCUGCCACGCGCAUCCUCACACCGCGGCGGCGCGGCGUCGGUAACGGAGAACCCAGUCGCGGCCAUUCUGGCCUACUGUGGCUCGUCCAUCCUCAUGACGGUUACGAACAAAUACGUGCUUUCCGGCGUCGACUUCAACCUCAACUUCUUCCUUCUCUGCGUCCAGUCGGUUGUGUGCGUUGCCGCAAUCUCGAUAUGCAAAGCCGCCGGCAUCAUCACGUACCGCGACUUCAACAGCGAUGAGGCCAAGAAGUGGUUCCCCAUCUCUCUCCUCCUCAUCGGCAUGAUCUACACGAGCACCUGGGCCCUCAAGUUCCUCUCGAUCCCCGUCUACACCAUUUUCAAGAACCUGACCAUUAUCCUGAUCGCAUACGGAGAGGUUCUUUGGUUCGGAGGCGCGGUUACGCCAAUGGCUCUCUUUUCGUUCGGAUUGAUGGUUUUUAGCUCCGUCAUUGCGGCCUGGGCAGACAUUCAGCAUGCGUUGGCUAGCAUGAACAACUCUUCAGCCGCCUCCACCGAUGCCAUGUCUACCCUGCAUGCCGGUUACCUCUGGAUGAUGUUCAACUGCCUGUGCACGGCUACGUAUGUUUUGGGCAUGCGCAAGCGCAUCAAGCUCACCAACUUCAAGGACUUUGACACCAUGUACUACAACAACCUCCUCACCAUUCCCAUUCUGCUCGUCGCAUCGAUCCUCGUCGAAGACUGGUCCUCUGCAAACAUCCAGAAGAACUUUCCCCCGGACCAGCGCAACACCGUCAUGAUUGUCAUGAUUGUGUCCGGUCUCUCUACCGUCUUCAUCUCAUACACAUCUGCCUGGGCUGUCCGUGUCACGUCAUCUACAACUUACUCGAUGGUCGGCGCGCUGAACAAGCUCCCCAUUGCUCUUAGCGGUCUGGUCUUCUUCGAUGCGCCCGUUACCUUUGGCAGUGUCUCUGCCAUUAUCGUUGGUUUCAUCAGUGGCCUUGUCUACGCGCUAGCCAAGAUCCGCCAGAACAGCAAGCCCAAGACGAUUCUCCCUACCAGCAACAUGCCCCUCAGCGCCAGCAGCAGGAGCAUGCAAGACAGCCUGAAGUCGUAGAAGCGUCAAAAAAUGACAAGAAUGGCAUGAAGGAAAAUGACUCACGUUCCUUUGUUUCUAUGGCAUGUUACGUGUUGUCAAAUGCGGACCAUGUCUUUUUUUGCUUCCCCCCCCCCCACCAGCGAUUCCCUGGCACAGAGCUUUUUUUCAUCUCUCUUUUGAGUAUCUUCUUGUAACCUUUUCUGCCUUUGGAGCAUCUUACACUACACCAUUAAACAUAUUAGAUUAGGCUUGGCGUUCAGGAUCCAGAGCUGCGAGCCAUGAUGUCUAGGGCGGUGCGAGUAAACGAGAAGCGGAUUUACGCAAAUAGCAUUUUA